ACAGGCCACAGUGUUUACAAUCUACCAGUACAUGUGAGAUCAAUGACGCUACAUACAACCAGUGAGAUACAAAAUCUCGUGAUCCGAUAACAAUAAUAAUCAACUAUUAGUACACGUGAAGACGAAGAAGAAGAAAAAGCUCAAUUCUCAAUGUCAUUAUUAUUAGUACUAGUACUAUUUGCUCUGUAGGAGCCUACUUUUAAAUUUUAAUAUAUUCAUUUGCAUUAUUGAAAGAAAAGAGUGAGAAAGAGGGGAGAGAAACGCUAACAAUAAUGGCGAGUUCAAUGUACUCUGUGACUUCAAUUCAGCCGGAGAAGAAGUUGUUGCAUUGCGAUUCAGCUUCUAGAUUCAUCGAUUUUCGUAACAGAAAUUCAAAAUCCAACCUCUUUUUGUUUACUAGAGCCUCUGGUUUCCGGCGGUUCGGUAAACGGAGCUUUGUUGUGAGGAAUGUCUCCGGCGAGUCGUCGGCUCCGAUUUUGAAGGAUCUCGUUGUUGAAGAUGAAGGGGCCACCGGUGACCUCAGUACCUUCACGCCUGACGCUGCAUCAAUUGCCUCUAACAUCAAGCACCAUGCAAAAUUUACACCAUUGUUUUCUCCAGAAGGAUUUGAGCCACCUAAGGCAUACUUUGCUACUGCACAGAGUGUUCGUGAUUCCCUCAUUGUUAAUUGGAACAUGACAUAUAAGUACUAUGAAAUGAUGAAUGUGAAGCAAGCAUACUACUUGUCCAUGGAAUUUCUACAGGGUAGAGCACUGUUAAAUGCCAUUGGUAACUUGGAAUUAACCGGGGAAUACGGUGAAGCUUUGACCAAACUCGGGCAUAAUCUGGAGAAUGUAGCACAACAGGAGUCUGAUGCUGCACUUGGAAAUGGGGGUCUGGGCCGACUUGCUUCAUGUUUUCUGGACUCUUUGGCCACACUAAAUUAUCCGGCAUGGGGUUAUGGACUCAGAUACAAGUAUGGCUUAUUUAAACAACUGAUCACAAAAGAUGGACAGGAGGAGGUUGCCGAAAAUUGGCUUGAAAUGGGCAAUCCAUGGGAAAUAGUCAGAAAUGAUGUUUCGUAUCCCAUAAAAUUUUAUGGAAAGUUAGUUACAGGAUCUGAUGGAAAGAGGCAUUGGAUUGGUGGAGAAGAUAUAAAAGCUGUUGCGUAUGACGUCCCAAUACCGGGUUAUAAAACUAAAACUACCAUCAACCUCCGACUUUGGUCAACCAAAGUUUCCUCUGAAGAUUUUGAUCUAAGUGCUUUUAAUGCUGGAGAGCACACUAAAGCCUGUGAAGAUCAAGAAAAUGCCGCCAAGAUAUGCUUUGUAUUAUAUCCUGGGGACGAGUCACUGGAGGGAAAAACUCUUAGAUUGAAGCAACAGUAUACAUUAUGCUCGGCUUCUCUUCAAGAUAUAAUCUCCCGGUUUGAGAAGAGAUCUGGCAGCAAUGUAAAAUGGGAAGAAUUUCCAUCAAAAGUUGCUGUACAAAUGAAUGAUACUCAUCCAACACUAUGCAUCCCAGAGCUUAUAAGAAUCUUAGUUGAUAUAAAGGGUCUGAGCUGGAAGGAAGCUUGGGAGAUCACUAAGAGGACCGUGGCUUACACAAAUCACACUGUUUUACCUGAAGCACUUGAGAAAUGGAGCUUUGAGCUUAUGGAGAAGUUGCUUCCUAGACAUGUUGAGAUCAUAGAGAUGAUUGAUGAGGAGCUGAUUCAAAAUAUAGUGUCAGAAUAUGGUACAUCAGAUCCUGAGAUGUUGAAGAAGAAGUUAAGUGCUAUGAGGAUUUUAGAAAAUUUUGAUUUGCCAGCCUCUUUGGAUAAUAUAUUUGUUAUACCGAAAAAAAUCUCUGCUGUUGAUUCUGAUGAAGAACCAAAAGUAGGCUCUGGUGUUGGUAACGAAGAUACAGACCGAAGCUCUGUUGUAGAUAUAGACAAAGAAAAAAAGGUUCCUGAUGCAGCUGCAUCAAUAGAUGAUGAAGUUGAAUUGGAAGAAAAAGACUUACAGGAGAAAAAAGAUUUGGUUCCAGAACCAGUGCUUAUACCACAAAAGAUGGUCCGCAUGGCUAAUCUAUGUGUUGUGGGUGGCCAUGCAGUUAAUGGAGUUGCAGAGAUUCAUAGUGAAAUAGUCAAGGAGGAUGUUUUUAAUGACUUUUAUAAGCUUUGGCCUGAAAAAUUCCAGAACAAGACAAAUGGGGUGACACCUCGAAGAUGGAUCCGUUUCUGCAAUCCAAAUUUAAGCCAUAUUAUUACUAAGUGGAUUGGUACAGAAGACUGGGUCUUAAACACUGAGAAACUGGCCAAAUUGCGUGAGUUUGCACAUGAUGAGGACCUCCAUACUGAGUGGAGGGCGGCAAAGAGGAAUAAUAAAGUCAAGGUUGCGGAAUUCCUCAAAGAGAAAACAGGGUAUAUCGUGAGCCCUGAUGCAAUGUUUGACAUCCAGGUGAAACGCAUUCAUGAAUAUAAACGACAACUCUUAAAUAUCCUGGGUAUAGUUUAUCGAUACAAGAAGAUGAAAGAAAUGACAGCAUCUGAAAGAGAAAAAAAGUUUGUCCCGCGAGUUUGUAUAUUUGGAGGAAAAGCUUUUGCAACAUAUGUGCAAGCAAAGAGGAUAGUGAAAUUUAUUACGGAUGUUGGGGCUACAAUAAACCAUGAUCCUGAAAUAGGGGACCUGUUGAAGGUUAUAUUCGUUCCGGAUUACAAUGUUAGUGUUGCUGAAUUACUUAUCCCUUCCAGUGAGCUCUCACAGCACAUCAGCACUGCCGGGAUGGAAGCCAGUGGAACCAGCAACAUGAAGUUUGCAAUGAAUGGUUGUAUCCUGAUUGGGACUUUGGACGGUGCCAAUGUUGAAAUUAGAGAGGAGGUUGGAGAAGAUAAUUUUUUCCUCUUUGGUGCUCAAGCACAUGAAAUUUUGGGUCUCAGAAAAGAAAGAGCUGAGGGAAAGUUUGUGCCAGAUGUUCGCUUCGAGGAAGUUAAGGAAUUUGUUAAAAGUGGAGUAUUUGGGUUUAACAGUUAUGAUGAGCUCCUAGGAUCUCUAGAAGGAAAUGAAGGUUUUGGCCGUGGUGACUAUUUCCUUGUCGGCAAGGACUUCCCCAGUUACAUAGAAUGCCAAGAGAAGGUUGAUGAGGCGUACCAAGAUCAGAAGAAAUGGACAAGCAUGUCAAUUUUGAACACAGCAGGCUCGUACAAGUUCAGCAGUGACAGAACGAUUCAUGAAUAUGCCAAAGAGAUAUGGAACAUAAAGCCUCUUGAACUACCUUGAAGUACAUGAGUAGAAGAAUAAUGCAGAACAAAUAAGGCUAUGAAUGUAGUCAUGUAGUAGAAGCUGACUUGAAUGUAAUUUUAUUAUUAGCAAACAGUGCUCAUCUUCAUCUGAUUCCAGUUGACAUUUCGAAUAUAGUAACGGUGCAAAACAUUACAAUAUUGCCAGAUGAUUAUAAAAUAAAUGAUUGCAGAA